GGCAGGCCUGAUGGCUCUGCACAAGUUGCCCAGCAGCAUCGUAGGAAAGAAAACACCCGCGAACGGGUAUCGUCCCGCCCUGAGCAGAAAUUUCCAUUGCCUUAAGAUGCGUCAAACCGAUCCUCUUUAUACUGAAGUUAAGCCCUUGGUGAAACAAAACGGCCAACGAACAACGUUAGGGGGUGGAGCGACAGCACCGUUGCUAUCCAGCCGAGUGGUAAAGCAGCCAUCAUAGAAAAUGGCCAAUACCUACAUCCUAACUGCCGCGUUACUCUCUGCACUGGUGCUGUUAGCCCGCGUGCUUGCGGCCUGGCGGCGAGAUCAGUCCUUUGCGCGCGCACGGGGCUGCCGGCCCGCCCCCAUGGACCGGUUCAUCACCUGGCGCGACCCCCUGGGCAUCGGUCUUCUGCUGGAGCUCGAGCGCCGCCUGUCGGCACACACGCUGCUCGAGUACAUGCGCGAGCGGUUCCGCGACAACGGGGCCACCACGUUCCGUAGCCGUGUACUGCUCGACGACUUUUACUGGACUGCCGAGCCGCGCAACAUCCAGGCUAUUCUGGCCACGCAGUUUUCGAGCUUUGGAGUAGGCAUUGAUCGAUACAACAACUUUAAACCGCUGGUUGGCCACGGCAUCUUCACAAGCGAUGGUGAGAAAUGGGAGCAGGCUCGCGCUUUAGUCCGGCCCAACUUCGUCCGUGACCAAGUGGCAGAUCUCGAUUCGCUCGAGGUCCAUUUUCAAAACAUGCUAGCCUUGAUCCCGAAGGACGGGAAAACGCCUGUUCAUAUGAAAGAGCUUUUCCAGCGUAUGACGCUUGACUCGGCUAGCGAAAUGCUCUUUGGCGAGUCCCUCAACACCCUCACUAACAGGGACAGCGAAGUGGCUUCGGCUCAGUUCGCCGUCGCCUUCAGUCGGGCGCAAACGGAACUGGCCAGGAGAUGCCGACUGGGAAGUCUGGCCGACUGGAACAUAAGCCGCGAGUUCCUCGAGGCGUGCGAGACGACGCAGCGCUUUGUCGACGGCUACGUGCAAAAGGCGAUACAGGUGCGAGAGAAGCACAUCCGGCAUCAACAACAAAAGACGGAGAAUGCAGAAGAAAAAAAAGCCCACAGCCGCUACGUCUUUCUCGAGGAGCUGGCCCUGCUGGUCGACGAUCCCGUCGCCCUGCGCGACCACCUGCUCAACGUGCUCAUCCCAGCCCGCGAUUCGACCUCGACCCUGCUGGCCGCCGCCCUCUUUGCCAUGGCCAAGGACCAGCGCGUCCUGCGGCGCCUCCAGGGCGAGGUGCGCGAGUUUGACGGCGCCCGGCCGACGUUUGAAGCGCUCAAAAACAUGAAGUAUCUCAGGUGGAUCAUGAACGAGACCCUCCGCCUCUGGCCUCCCGUUCCCCUCAACGGGCGGCAGGCCAACUGCGACGUAACGCUCCCCCUCGGCGGUGGGCCGGACGGGCGGUCGCCGCUCCACGUGAAGAAGGGCCAGAAUGUCGCCUACUCGGCCUACGUCCUCCACAGGCGCGAGGACCUCUGGGGCGCCGACGCGCACGAGUUCAGGCCCGAGCGCUGGGAACACCGCCGCCACGGCGGGUGGGAGUACCUACCCUUCAACGGCGGGCCCCGCAUCUGCAUUGGGCAGCAGCUAGCCCUCACCGAGGCCGGGUACACCCUCGUGCGCCUGCUGCAGUGCUUCCGCCGCUUCGAGACGCUGGAUCGCAGCGAGUGGAGGGAGUCGCUCGCCCUGGCCUGCACCAUUGAUCAGCCCGUCACCGUCGUCGCAGUGCCGUGGUGAAGGCAGCGGGGCUGUCUACGGGGUUGCCGUCGCGUGUGCGGGCGGGCCAGUGGUCAUUGGUUGGUGGGUUGAAAGGGGCUCGUGAGCUGAUAGUUGAUGGGUGUGCCAUAGCUUUCGGGCGUGGGGUCUCGCCUCAUGCCCCAUGAAUCCCCGUUUACACCCCACUGCGGGGACCCAGAGGGCCUGGACGUGAUGGGAUGACUCGUGGAAUACGGCCGAGUGAUGGCCGUGAUACGGGGCUCAGGGCCUGUACGAAGAAAUUCGCCUCGCUAUUUUCCCGCCGGGAUUUAUGAUGCUAUUCGGCGGAUGUCAGGGCGGAGGCGUAUGACUCGACUCCAUGUCAGAUCCAGUCCUUGUCGGUGUGUCAGUGACCUAGGGAAGCCUCUAGCCUGAACGAGUGUUUGAGGAUCUCAGAGCACUCCCACGAAAAACACAGGGUUCUUCCCACAAGACGAGCUGUCGACAGGAUGUAAGUCUUUGAUCUACAGGAAAGAAAAAGCAAUUGCAGCUAGCCGUUUUUAAUUUGGCAGUUCCAAGCGUUUGGAUAAUUACCGAGUGGUUGAGCAAUAAAAUAUCUAGUCGUGUGGAUAUGCCGCUGCCCCUGAGAGUGAGAAGGGGUUCUCCCUCCUCCUAAUCCUGAUAGCCGCUUUGGUCGGUGGCAGGUGGUUCGAUCCAAACCACUGGUUCGGCGGUCUCUGCUCCCGGAAUUCGAUAUCAUAGUGUAACAAAAUGUGUGCGAGGAGCAGCUUAAGCUCGGCCGCGGCAAAAAAUCGGCCCGGGCAGCUGUUACGCCCAGCCCCGAAGGAGAGAUAGCGCGCGCUGGUCGUGGCCCAAGCCUCGGCUGAGCGUGCUCCUCCCACAGCACCACUAUAUUCGCCGUCGUCUGCAACAAACCGGAAGGGCCGAAACUCGCAAGCAUCGGGGCCCCAGAUGUUCGGGUCCGUAUGCAUGGCGUACGCGGCGACGCCAACCUGAUACCCGGGGGGCAGCCGCACGCCCGAGGGGGUCACGACGCCCGUGGGCCCGCUGACAAUGCGCAGGGGCCCGACGGCUAGGACCGUGUUGAGGCGCUGGCUCUCGCGGAACGUGCUGUCGAGCCGCGGCAUGUCCGCCAGCGCGCACUUGCUCCACACGCCGCCGUGCGCCGCCAGCGCCGCCGCCACCUCGCGCCGCAGGGCAUCGACGUACGCCGCGCCCCGGUCCCGCCCCGCGCCGGCCAGGUCCAGCAGGACGUGCGUGAUGGCAAAGGCCGAGGUGUGCACAGCGGCCGCGUUGACAAGGAGCACGCGCGCGGCGAGCAUUUCGGGGCGGCGCUGGAUAAGGUCGGCGGAUAUGAGAGCAUCUGCGAUGGCCCAGUCGAGAAAGUCGCCCGUUGCUGUUGCCGGGGCGGUCUCGUCGUUUUUGUAGUUUCCAGAGUCGUUCACGUCCAACGCCCGCAGCCGCCGCUCGACUUCGGGCACGGCGAGCCGGAACCAGGCGCGCUCAUAGCGGCGGUUCGGCAGCGUUACCAAGGGCGCAACUAGGGGCCGCAGCAUACGCGGAAGCAGGCUCAGCACCUGUGCGGCCACAGGAAUGGCCUGGGCGUAGGCGACGCCUGCGUUGAGGAGCGCGCGCGCGCGGCACAGCGGCGCCCCUAUGAAUACGCGGUUGGUGACGCGGCCGACGACCAGGCGCAGCGUUUCGUAGACGCAAACCUCCCGCCAGCCGUGGCUAUCACCAUGAUCGCCUUCACCAGCUCCCCAUUCCUCGGCCAGCGCGCACGCCAGCUCGUCGGCCAACGCGGGCACUAGGUUCCCGACCUGCCGCGUCAGCCGUGUUGCCACGAGCUUGACGUGUGAUUGGUCCGGCAUGGGGUAGAUGGUGCCGUGCGCGACCUGGAAGUGCUGGUCCGUCUGCUUGUGCAUGCUCAGCGCGCUUUCGGGCUGGUCGAUCAGCCAUUUGGCCUCGCGCGCCGGCAGCAAAACCACGCUUCCGCCCGGAUGGCCCACGGCGAAGGGCACGCGCACCGUGGCGUCUGGGCAUUGCGCCUGUCGCAGGGCCAGCGCACCCUUCAGGUCCAGUGUGUUGCGCCACGCGGCCCGGAGGCGGGGGAACAACUCGCCGGGGCGGGCGUUGAGGAUGGGGAGCUGAUCGAUAUCCGAAGACGAGGAGCCGGAGUGUAGUAUCCGAUACGCGAGGAGCAGCAGAACAACGAGAAAGGCUAAAACGGCCGGGCUCUCGCAGGCCAUCUCGGCUGCUUCCGUGCCGAGCCGGGAAAGCCCGACCUGCACCAUCUCUUACUCGCCGUUAGUUUUGUUGUUUAGAGGUAUCAAAUCUGUGGCGCUGGAUUAGGUGCCGAGGUGCCAGUGCCUAGUCUCAUCUUCGGCGUGCUGGGCAUGUUAGGAAGGGCUGGGGCAUGGAAUCGCUAUGUAUAUGUUUGCAUGCGCAUAUGCGGUCCCUUUGCCGCCCAGAGCGUGCAGAACAGAUGUAAGGUAUCGUAUCCACUCCACGGGAACCCCCUGCGGAGCCACGGGCCCUUGGCUCCGGCAGCUCCCAUGCCCACCUUAACAUGGUCUUGGUGCAGCAGUGACACGGAAGCUUUUGUUCGUAUUACGUGGUUCGUUCCUAGGUCACAAAAAUGAUGCUCAAAAUGCUUUAUCGGCCGUUUUGCGUAUCAGUCGGGCGAUGAUCAUGCUCAUGUCCCUCCC